AUGGACGUGUUCAAGGUGCGCCUGAACUGCAUCGACCACUACCAAGCGACGCCCACUCAAUAUGACCCCUGUCUCCGAAACGAUGUUCGGCAUUCUCAACUAUUCAAGGAGCCCAAGGUCCCGGUGAUUCGCGUUUUUGGCUCAACCCAGACUGGUCAAAAAGUCUGCGCGCAUAUACAUGGCGCGCUUCCAUACCUCUUUAUCGAGUACAAUGGGAAGUUGGACCAAGAAGAAGUUGGCGCCUUCUCCUACAGACUGCAUCUGUCAAUUGACCAUGCCCUCGCCGUGAGCUAUAGGCAGGAUGCCUAUGCUCGGGACACGCCCAAGUAUGUGGCGCGCAUCACACUCGUCAAGGGUGUUCCUUUCUAUGGCUUCCAUGUCGGCUAUAAAUAUUAUCUCAAGAUCUAUAUGCUCAACCCCGUGGUCAUGACCCGGCUGGCCGAUCUGCUGCACCAAGGUGUCAUUAUGAAGCGGAAAUUUCAACCGUACGAGGCGCAUUUGCAGUACAUCUUGCAGUUCAUGACCGACUACAACCUUUAUGGCUGUGGGUACAUCGAGGCCAGCAGUGUCAAGUUCCGUGCCCCAGUGCCGCAGAUAGACGACGAUGACAUAGACAGCGUCAUGACUCCCCAUAUCUGGCACAACCAGUCGAUAUCUCAAAAACAGAUAACAGAUCACCACUCGUUACCAAGGGCCAGUCAUUGUCCCAUCGAGGUUGACAUAUGCGUACAGGAUAUCCUCAAUCGUAAAGAUGUCAAGGAGCGCAGACUUCACCAUGACUUUGUCGAGCGUCUGAACCCCUUACCCACCGAUAUGAAGCUAGUAGCCAGCAUGGCAGGACUGUGGAAGGACGAAACGAAACGUCGAAAAAGACAGUUGGGCAUGUCAGAUCCAAAAAGCAGUCCAUUUCCUGCCGAGGUGCUUGUCUCAAUGUCACACGAUCCGCGAGACUCACAGCCUGCCGGCUGGCUGCACGAGGAAGAAUUUCGUGCGGAGAUUGAAGAGCUCAUAAAGGCUGAGAAGGCCAAUGACAAUUCGGACUUAACAUUCGACACGUUUGUGCCAAGACCGCCCCCUCUUGAUUCAGCUAUCAAGACUGUACUUGAGUCUGUUGAGGAUCUGUACCCUCAAUACUUGGAAGCAUCCUUAGGGGAGAUGUCGACCAUGUCGGUUGACUUUGAUCCUGCAAGCAGUAUUGACGUUGAUGAGAGAGGCGCGCGUCGGCUAGGCAGACCGGAAAUUAUGGACGAGGACCCUUGUCCGGAUGAUUCUGAUGAAGAAAGACUACGAGAAGCCCAGCGUAUGGAGGAGGCCAAGAAACAGAAUCAUUUGCAGGAUUAUCCCACUACAGGUUCGAUAAACGGACUCGUUGGACUUGCUGCCAGUAGUCUGGUCACUGGAAGGCGACCAGAUAUACCCAUAACGCAAGAGCUCAUCGAUGCUGCUGUUGAGGAAGAUCUUUUGAGUGAGAUGCCAACUUCUUCGCAACCGCCAAAGUUACGAGAGGGUUUAAAGCGACAUGUCCAUCCAACAGAGGAAGAUCAUGCUUCAAAACGAGCAAGGAUACGACCAGCUCGCAUUAACAACUUGACAUUCGUUCCCCCUGAGGAUCGUCUAUCAGCCCGCUAUGAACGCCGUGUUGAUGUGUCCAAAGCCGAAAGUCAGCUCCCAUCGUCUUCCCAGAGACAGGCAGUGGAUGAUGCCUCCCCGUUCCGUACCCCUGUACCGCGCAAGUCAUCUAUGAUGCACAACUCGGCAUCCAAGUCAGUUAAUCGUAAGCUCAGCUUUGCUGUCGUCAAGGAUCCGAAUGACCCUGAGACAAAGCUUCGAUUAAGCCAAAAUUCAAACUCGCAAGGCAGUGACACGUCAGAAACCCCGAAGCAUCUUACUUUCGAUUCGUCAUUUCCAGGACCGGAGGAAGCCUCACCACACAGGGAAGGAAACCAAGAAUUCUACCAGGUGGGCCAGUUGCCGAAUCCCUUCGCACCCUCCGACAAGUCUCAGGAAAAAAACUACUCGGAUGAUGAGGCCAUCGUAAAUACUUCAAUGGUACCUGUCUGUCAUGUCUUGCCCCCAAGUGCGGAGGAAGUCUGCGCAACUAUGGCGGAGUACGGAAUACCCGAUGUCGUAUACCAGGACGCAUAUUACAGCAAAGAGAAAGAUGUGCCACUUCGCCCAAGAGAGUUUGCUGGUCGUCAAUUUCGGCUUCGGGGCAACACAUUACCAUAUCUGCCUGAUUUCACCGCUGAUAGGCCUUCACCGGAAUCGUGGUGCCCUCCGGAGGAACAACUACCAGACAAAUCAAAACUUAAACUCGAGGAGGAGAUACGUCUGAAUAAAUGCACAAUCAAAACAUGGGAAAUUGCACAGCCACCUCCGACGUUCGAAGAAGUAUCCGACUGGUGGGAGCAAAAGGAGUUGAAGAAGAAGGAGGUCGGAGCAAGGCCAAGGAGCCACCGAGUCUCCCCAAAAUCGACCCAGAUUGCUCGUCGCCAUCUUUCACAAAUCGAAGGAGCGACCCCCAAGAACAAGCAUGGAUUCAAGUACUCGCAGAAGCAAAAGACUACCAGCGUUCAGCAUGAGGUUGCUUACAUGAGCACAAUGAGUAUCGAGGUUCAUGUCAACACCAGGGGAAAGCUUGUUCCUGAUCCGGAGAAGGAUGAGGUCAAGUGCAUAUUCUGGUGCGUUAGGUCGGAUGAUCAAUCCACCGACGCUAGCACCCAGGCUCCUGAUGGUAUACAAUCGGGCGUUGUGGUUUUAUCAGAAGAAGGUACGCUGGCUGAGCGCAUGAAACACCAAAUUAAAGGCGAGCUCUUGGAGGAGACAUCCGAGCUCGACCUCAUGGUUCGUAUGGUUGAGAUCGUUCGAACACAUGACCCAGACAUCCUGACAGGCUACGAGGUUCAUGGUGGCUCGUGGGGCUAUUUGAUCGAGCGGGCAAGAUACAUGUACGACUACAAUCUCUGCGAUGAGUUUUCGCGUAUGAAGUCGCAGUCUUAUGGAAGGUUUGGCAAGGACGCAGACCGAUGGGGUUUCAACACUACUUCGACAAUCCGAGUAACGGGCCGACACAUGAUCAACAUCUGGCGUGCUAUGCGAGGAGAGCUCAAUCUACUCCAGUAUACAAUGGAGAACGUCGUCUGGCAUCUGCUACACCGCCGGAUACCACACUACUCGUGGCAGACGCUCACAACCUGGUAUGGUAGUGGACGCCACGGGGAUCUUGGGAAACUGCUACGCUACUACCAAACAAGGACAAGACUUGAUAUUGAGAUUCUCGAAGAGAAUGAACUGAUCUCGCGUACGAGUGAACAGGCAAGAUUGCUUGGCGUCGAUUUCUUUUCUGUGUUCUCUCGUGGGUCACAGUUCAAGGUUGAGUCCAUCAUGUUUCGGAUCGCGAAGCCCGAAAACUUUAUGCUCGUCUCACCGAGUCGAAAGCAAGUUGGCGGGCAGAAUGCAUUGGAGUGCCUGCCGCUGGUGAUGGAGCCACAGAGUGCAUUCUACAACAGUCCGGUGCUGGUACUAGACUUUCAAAGUCUGUAUCCCAGCGUCAUGAUUGCCUACAACUACUGCUACUCGACGUUCCUGGGACGGAUCGUUGACUGGCGUGGAACCAACAAGAUGGGAUUUGCCGAGUAUCGAAGGCGAAAAGGGCUGCUGGAGUUAUUGCAAGAGCACAUCAACAUCGCACCCAACGGCGUCAUGUACACCAAGCCUGAGAUCAGGAAGUCACUGCUUGCCAAGAUGUUGACAGAGAUUCUGGAGACAAGAGUCAUGGUCAAGAGUGGCAUGAAACAAGAUAAGGACGACAAGACCCUCCAGCAAUUGCUGAAUAACAGACAGCUGGCUCUCAAGCUGCUGGCAAACGUCACAUAUGGCUACACGUCUGCGUCAUUCUCUGGGAGGCUCCCGUGUUCGGAGAUCGCCGAUAGCAUUGUACAAACUGGCCGUGAAACUCUGGAGCGAGCCAUUGCCUUCAUUCACUCUGUCCCGAAAUGGGGCGCUGAAGUGGUCUACGGGGACACAGACAGUCUUUUUAUCCACCUCAAGGGUCGCACAAAAGAGCAGGCAUUUGAAAUUGGGAACGAAAUGGCCAAGGCAAUUACAGAUAUGAACCCGCGGCCCAUGAAACUCAAGUUUGAAAAGGUAUACCUGCCUUGCGUUCUGUUGGCCAAAAAGCGUUACGUCGGGUACAAGUACGAACAUAUCGAUCAAGAAGUGCCUGAUUUCGACGCGAAAGGCAUAGAGACAGUCCGCCGUGAUGGGACACCAGCGGAGCAAAAGAUAGAGGAAAAGGCGUUGCGGCUGCUCUUUGAAACGGCGGACUUGAGCCAAAUCAAGGAGUACUUUCAACGACAAUGCAACAAAAUCAUGCGUGGCCAAGUGUCGAUCCAAGACUUUUGCUUCGCCAAGGAAGUUAAGCUAGGCACAUAUAGCGACCGAAAUGGAGUAGGUCCCCCACCGCCUGGUGCACUCAUCAGCACAAAGAAGAUGCUGGCCGACCCGCGAGCCGAACCACAAUACGGUGAACGUGUUCCCUACGUGGUCGUCACAGGUGCCCCUGGGGCGAGGCUUGCCGACAGGUGCGUGCCGCCCGAAGACCUGCUGUCGCCCACCGGUGCGCACCUAAGGCUCGACGCCGACUACUACAUAUCAAAGAACCUCAUUCCGCCUCUGGAGCGUAUCUUCAAUCUAGUUGGAGCGCACAUCAGGGGCUGGUACGACGAGUUGCCGAAGGUACAGCAGGUCAGGCGAGUCGUCGUUGAUUCAGGGAACGGCAACAACAGCUGGUUCGGGGGCAUCAUUGGAAACAAUGGAGCGCAAAAGGCCAAAAAGGUCACACUAGAAAGCUAUCUACAGGUGAUGAACUGCGCAGUAUGCAAUGUCCGAAUCCGCCCCACUGCCCAAAAAAAGAAAGCGCCCGCACCCCGACAACAACUACCACCGGUGCAGUACCACCCUCUGUUUGGGUUCGGCCGUUUUGGCCCGCGACCUCCACCUCAACCGGCCCCCAAGACGAAGAAGAAGAACCCUGCAAACGACGUUGUGGUAUGCGGACGAUGCACACGCCACGCCCAGGAAUCGCUCCUCCGGCUCCAUGCCAGGCUGGCACACGAGCGCAAGCGAUUCUCCGAGGUGGCAGAUGUGUGUCGAAGCUGUGCCGGCUUGGCCCCCGGCGACGUCGCUAGUGUGCACGACUGCGAUAGCAAGGACUGUCCAGUUUUUUACACGCGAGUCAAACAGGCCACGAAGCUUCGGACCGAAAUGAGCAUCGUUGAGCCGGUAAUUAAGCAGCUGGAGGCGAGGGUUGCCAAAAUGAGGAAGAAGGCUUUGGAAUGGUAG